AUGCUUUUCCUGGUGCUUCUGGCUAUGCCAUUGGUGACGGGCCCCAGUGGCACAGCCAUGGCACUCUCUACCUGCCAGACCUUGGACUUGGAGGUAGCCCGGGCACGGAGGGUCCAGGCCGUGCGAGGCCAAAUCCUCAGUAAGUUGCAGCUGGCAACACCUCCCGAGGAAGAGGAAGGGGUGCCCGAACAACCGCCCCCCGAGGUGAUGCUGCUGUACAACAGCACGCGGGAGCUGACGCGGGAGCGGGCGGCCUGCGGCGGGCGAAGCAGCAGCAGCAGCAGCGAGGAAGAGGAGUACUACGCCAAGGAAGUGCGGCGGGUGGACAUGCUGCCCGCCGGGCACGCUGACAACUCCAUUGCUAGCACCCAAGCCAGCCCCUUCUUUCGCCUUCUGCGUUUUGACGUCUCGGGCGCUGAGCGCAACCUCAGCAGCCUCGUUCAGGCCGAGCUGCGCAUCUACAGGGUCCCAAACCCCCGAGCGCAUGUGGUGGAGCAACGCGUGGAGUUGUAUCAGGUGGUACGGGCAAGAGAGCCUUCAGGACCAACCCAGCGUUACGUGGAAAGCCGAACGCUUCACCCGACUGAUAGGGCUGAGUGGGUGUCCUUUGAUGUCACAGACACCAUCAGCCAGUGGCUGGAUAAAAGAGAGAGAAACCUGGGCUUCAAGUUGGGAGUGCAUUGCCCCUGCUGCACUUACGUCCCUGCUGGAAACACGAUUAACCCCAACCAUAGUGAGGAGCUGGAGGCUCGGUUUGCAGGCCUGGAUGACGAUCUUAUCAAAGAAGCCUGGAAAGGGCGUGCAAGGCCCCCAGAUCUCAGUGGCAAAGCUCCGCACCUGAUCCUCACUCUGUUGCCCCCCCACCGGUUGGAGUCCCCACCCAAGGGACGGCGUCGGAGGUCAGCCAACACUCCCAGCUGUGCCAGGAAUACAGACCAGGGCUGUUGCUUGCGCACCCUGUACAUUGAUUUCCGCAAGGAUCUGAAGUGGAAGUGGAUCCACCAGCCCAAAGGCUACAAGGCAAAUUUCUGCGCAGGGAGCUGCCGCUACGUAUGGAGCAUGGACACGCAGUACAACAUGGUGCUCCCCUUGUACAACAAGCUGAACCCCGAGGCCUCGGCUGCCCCAUGCUGUGUCCCCCAUGAACUGGAACCCUUGACUAUCCUCUACUAUGUUGGCCGCUUGCCCAAAGUACAGCAACUCAGCAACAUGGUUGUGAAAUCCUGCCGCUGCCGCUGAGUGUCUGUUUGAGGGGGACAGGAACCGGUUUCAUGGAUGGUGGGAACUGGGCUAACUGGAGUAAAGGGACAUCCCUUCUCAUCCCUAUCAGUCUGUCUGUCUCAAGGCUACUGGGAAAAGGAUUCUCAACCUGACAUUAUUCUACCCCCACCCACGCCGCCAGUACAGGGCUCCAGCAUUUUUCUUAUGCCCCAGCUCCCAGGGAAGAGUCACCUCCUCCUUCUGUGGCUCCACUCAUCAGCCAAAGACUCUUCUCUCUUUCCCAGUUCAGUUCACAAAUCAGUUCGGUUCACAGAUAAGUGCCUUGCCCUUGCUUUUCUCCCAGAUACUUUGAAAGGGGGUCUCUCUCCCGUGGGUGUCCUUGAGCUAAUUCCUCUCCAUGCAAACUCAGCACUUAAUUUUUCCAAAAGAAAAAUAUACUCUGUGAUUGAAGCUGGUCCGGAUAUCUAGCGUCCUAGUCUCCCUGAGGGUGGUUACUUGGUGGUAUAAGAUUGGCUCUCGGUGCAUGCUCAGAAGCACUCUCCCCUUUAGGAUUCUUUUACACAUUUCAAGUGUGCAGGCCUCAUGCAAACUUUUGGAUGAUCCACUUGGCUCGGGUCAAGCCUGAGAUCCAUCUAACCUGGGAUCUACCAAAGCUAGUCUUCAGUUUUCUUGGGAGGAAAUCACCCAAGUCUUUGGAUGCUAGCCACACAC